GAUCUUUCUGCAUCCCUGUCUAAUUGAUCCAUGUUUCCGAACUCUCCCUUGUAACCUUCACGAGCAGCCAAAAUGAAGUUGAAGCAUAACAUCAACCCUGUUCUUCUACAGUUUAUAAACUUUAUAAUCUUGGUGUACUCCUUUGUAACGUACAUUCCGUGGUACAUAUUUUCAGGAUCAAGGCAAGCUAUAGCAAAAGCCAAGCAGGUUAAAGCUAAACCUGUGAAUAACAAGCCUGGAGGUGCAUACAGAUCUGUUAACAGUCUACACUGCUUAGCUUCAGUUUUAUAUCCUGGGUGUGAUACACUCGACAAAGUUUUUAAAUAUGCUAAAACUAAAUUUAAGGACAAAAAACUCUUGGGAACACGUGAAAUCCUAAAAGAGGAAGAUGAAAUCCAGCCAUCAGGAAAAGUUUUUAAAAAGGUCAUCCUUGGCAAGUACACCUGGCUUUCAUAUGAAGAUGUAUACAUUAAAGCUGUUAAUUUUGGAAAUGGCUUAGCAGUUUUGGGUCAGCAACCAAAGACUAACAUUGCUAUCUUUUGUGAGACUAGAGCGGAGUGGAUGAUUGCAGCACAGGCCUGCUUUAUGUGCAACUACCAGC